AUGGACGAGCACGACACAUUCCUCCGGCUUGCCACCGUACUCUUCCUCGUUCGGCCCGAAAAAGCUUCGGGAAGAGGCGCGCGUUACACGUGGAGUAUGCGCAAGGAUCGGCCGGCCGACUGGUCUCAAAUGAAAAAACAUCGUCGAUCAAAGCACAGUAUUAAUGGUAAUGACGAUGAUGCUGAAGACGAUGUUGACAGUGAUUGUGGUGGCAGUAGUGAGAAUGGUGCGUUGGGCGCAGAUCUGUUUCAGUGA